UAAGGAAUUGAUAUGAAUGAAUUACUUGGAAAGGAUCGUCAAGUCGUUCGACGUAUUGGAAGUAUUGUUUGAUUGGUUAAAUUUUUAGAAUUUUCUAAUUGAUCUUAUUUUAAUUGGUCAAUCAAAUACCAAAACAUUCUUUAGUGUCAAAUUAACCGCGUCCACGACUAAUCGAUUUUUUCGUCUGCUAGAGUGUCGUUGUUCGAGUCUAACUAUCGAGAUGGCGUACCUGUUUCAUAAUCUUUCGAUUACGAUUGGUCGAUUUGCGUUUUGUUUACGUUUUCUCGUCCGUGUUCGGUCGCUUUUACGCGCUAAAAUUUGCAAUUUGAAGACUCGGAUUUUGUCAUUGAUAUGCACAACGGGCACGAUUACUUGUCGUGUAUCAAAAUCCCUGCUGCAAAACAAGGUACAAUGACCACGGACAAGUCUGAGAAGGUAGGUCCGACGAGUUUAGCAACGGAUCAUCGUGAUUUACUCUUAACGGCCAAUAAGGUUUUCGGCGAGGGCAAGUGGAAUCAUACUGUUAUCAGCCAAACCUUGGAUUUCGUCGAAAAUGUUGGGGCCAAGUGCUGUGCUGGCUGUCUCUCUUAUGUUAAGGUUCAGGUUAUGAAUGGAAACUCUCAUGAAGAAGUUGGUUAUUACCAUGCAGAGGAAUCUACAAAAGGCUUGGCGAUACACAUGGCCAGGAUUGGUUCUGCUGUGAAUGGUUUAAGAAGAGCUCUGUUGUCAUUUGGAGACAAAAUUGAUAAAGAGUUGCAACAGCUGCAAAGACCGAUUACUUCCGAAUUUCAAACUGCUAAAGUCCAAAAAGUUGUAGCACGAUUAUCGGAUAAACAACUUUCAGAAAUAUCCAUUUCAAAUAAAAUGCCUCUAAAAGAAAAACAAGCUAAUGAUGUACAAACAAAUGUGUCACGAUCAUCGGAUAAACAAAUUCUAGAAAAAUCUAUUUCAAAUAAAAUACCUUUGAAUGAGAAACAAGGUAACAUUGUAAGGACAGGUGUGAUGAUAAAUAAGCAGAUUUUAAAAAGAUCAAGUCCAAUUAAAAUAGCUGCCAAAUCAGUUUCAGUACCUGUCAAAUCAAUUUCAUUGUCUAAAGAAAUAAACGAAGCUGAAGAAGUGUGUAAACAACUCUGCACUCAGCUUAGUCCUUACCAAAGUAAUCGUGUAAUAAUAAGACACGUACCAAUUAAAAAUUCAACAGGUCCUUCAGUGGUUCCUGCUGCAAUAUCAUCUGUGAAUAAAAAUGGACAGGUUAAUAUGAGAUCGUUUGUAACAAUUCCACUUAAGAUUGUUGAAAACAAACUAGAUAACAAACCCUCACCAAAUGAGAAAACAAAUUCUUCAACUGAGAAGAAGUCAGAUCAAGCAUUGUCUGUUCAAGAAAUGCAACGAAUGGAGAGGAAAAGAAAACAAAUGGAAAAACAGAUGGAAUUUAAAAAGCGUAUGAUGGAAAAAGAUGGUAUAAAAGAGGAAUCUAUCAAACAGGAACCUAUCAAACAAGAAGUCCAAUUCUAGAUAUUAAGAUAUCAAAGAUUUCAUAGUUAUAUAGUUUAUUUCAUAUCCAAUUUAGAAAUAUAUUUUUUUAGACAAGAUAUUCUUACUAGUUGACAAGUUGUAUACGCCUUGAAUUUUCUCUUCAAGUUGUCUAAUGCAAAAUUUUUUGUCAGAUAGCAAAACCUGCAGAUUGUGAACAAAAUAUGCUAUCGAUUUUUGGUUACAAAAAAGAAAAAAUUACAGAAUUGGAAAUAUCUGAUGAUAUCAGCAAACUCAUAAAAAAUAAGCCUGUUGACAUGUUAUAAUCAGCAGAUUGAUAGCAGAAAUCGAACAGGAUUUGCAAUUGAUACUCGUUUUCUGCUCUCAGGUUGCUUACACGCGCAGACUGUACUCAAUUUACUAUCAGGGAAUGCUAAUUAUUGUUGCUGAAGUUAGGAUAUUUUAUAAUUAAUUUAUAACCACAUCGAUUUUUUUACACCAAGCCAAAUACUGUAAAUAAAUAUUACAAUAUAUCAAUAAAGAUAUAAAAUUUAACAUAAAA